AUGAAGGAGCAUCCACAAGAACAGAAUAAGGUGGAGAAGCCUUACACACCUCCUCUGCCAUAUCCUCAAAGAUUACAGAAGGAGCUCAAGGACCAACAAUUUCCCAAGUUCCUAGAAGUUUUCAAGAAGCUGGAAAUCAAUAUUCCACUAGCUGAAGCAUUGGAGCAGAUGUCUCUGUAUGCAAAAUUUCUCAAGGAGCUUAUUAACAAGAAGAGGAGCUGGAAUGAAAAAGAGACAGUGAUUUUGACCCAAGAGUGCAGUGUUGUCAUCCAAAGAGGUCUUCCACCAAAGCUCAAAGAUCCAGGAAGCUUCAUCCUAUCUUGCACUAUAGGCAAUAGAACAUUGGACAAAGCCCUCUGUGAUCUAGGAGCCAGCAUCAACUUGAUGCCUCUCUCAUUAAUGAAGCAGCUUGCAAUAGAGGAACUCAGACCAACUAGAAUGUCACUUCAAAUGGCAGAUCAGUCACUCAAGAUACCUAAUAGAGUGGUGGAGAAUUUGUUAGUGAAGGUUGAAGCAUUCAUAUUCCCUGCUGACUUUGUCAUUUUAGACAUGGAAGAAGAAGGACAUAAGUCAAUUUCUUGGGUAGACCUUUCUUGGUCACAGCAAUGGCCAUUAUAG